GGAGUGACGCCGGCUGCGCGCGCGCUGCAGCGGGGCGGCCACCACGAGGUCAGGGGCAGGCUCCGGACCGACUCUGGCAUCGAGGACGAGGCCCAGCAGAUGCUGCAGGACACCGAGCGGAUCUGCCGGGCCAACGCCAGCCGCUUCGUGGACCGGGACUUCCAGCAGCCCGUGCAGGGAAUGUUCACGUUCGGGAGGAAGCACCAGAUCCAUGCGUGGCUCCCGCCGCAGGAGAUCACCUGCCACGACGGGCAGCCCUUGACGAGCGACCCCUCCAGGGGCCUGACGAGCGCGGAGUUCGAGAAGGCGGACUGGCGGCUGUUCCGCGGCCCGCCCCGGGCGGUGGACGUGCAGCAGGGCGAGCUGGGGGACUGCUGGUUCCUCUCGUCCCUGGCCUGCCUCGCAGACUUCCAGGCGAUGGCGCGGGAGGUUCUGCGGGGCGCGGCUGGUGCCCGUGCCUCGGCAGACCGUCUGGUGCAGAAGUUGGUCAAGCAGCACGCGGAGUCCCGCGAGGAUGCCGACUCCCUGAGGCGCACCCUUCGGCAGCUCCUGGGCGGCUUCGAGGAUCUCAUCGGGGACGCGGAGCUGGCGGACCGCGUGGUGGCGCUGAUUCCUGCCUUGCGCGCACUCCUGAAGGGCGAGACGCCCUCGCCCGAGGACGUGCUCAGGCGCAACGUCGCACUGCACGCCGACGCCGAGGGCGAGAGCGUGGCAGAGGCGCGGCCCGCGCGCCUUCGGCAGAUGCAGAGGAGCGCGCGUCUCGAAGCUCGUCGGCAGGGCGUCGGUGGCGCGGAGGUGCUCGGGCAGAAGCUGUGCGCCGUGGCGGGCAACCCGGCCGUGCUUCGCGAGCAGGCUGCCCCGUUCUGGCCGCGGCACCCCCCGGGAGUCUGGGAGCAGCUGGACGGCGCCGGCUGGGAGAGCAGGACUGCGAGCGGUGCUGCACGCGCGGAGGCGCGGCCGCCGCGGGCGCGGGACGCCUUCCUCACGGUCCAGCGCGCUGGGCCUUGGGAGCCGCUGCCCCCCGUGUGCAUCCGCUGCACGUGUGGCGCCGCGGUCUUCGCCUCGGCUGGCCGUUCCAGCCCCGUGGGCAGUGCGGCCGACUCGGCCGAGUUCGACUACCAGGAGGUGGGUGCUGCCGACGCUGAAGUGGAUACGACCUGCUCGGUGUCGGAGGCGGCGCCACAGGCCAGCGCUGCGGUUCUGGCGUACCAGCACGCUCACCCUGCGGCGCGCCUCUCGGGAGGCGGCGGGGCCCUCGCGGCUCCUGUGGCUGGCGGCACUGGUCCUGGCGCUGGUUUCGAGGGCAGCCGCGUCCGCAGGAAGCGAGGUGCAAGCACGGGGCGGCGCGCCCGCCGCGUCCGCUUCGACCUGCGUCCCGCCGUCAUCGGCACGGCCUUCGAGGAGGAGUCGGAGGAGGCCCCCCCGCGCGGAGGCGGGGCUGGCGGCGUGGACGAGCCCGUCCGCGGUCUCUGGGCCUUCUUGGACGACCUCUCGGUAGCAUCGAUCGCCUGUGCUGCUCACGGGCCCUCGCUCGCGCUCGAGAGGCUCCUCGUCCUUGCCGAGGCCCAGGUGAAGGACG